UCCUUGAAAGAAAAAAUAAUAAAAUAAAAAAUUAUUAUUUGAAUAAAUAAAUUGAAUUAACCGAAAGAAAAGCAGAUUGCUUGGGAAAUCAUGCUUUAAGGUUUUUUUCUCUCUUCAUAAGCAAGGCAGACAAGCAAAACCAUCAACAACAGCAACAACUUUUUUGUUCGAAAAAAAAAAAAAAAUAAGAAGAUUUUUUUAUUACAACAACAACGCAGCAACAACAGAAAGAUGAGGUGGAGUACGUCACUGUUUGUCGUCGUGCUGCAGUGGAUUUGUGAUAGCUCGUUUGCGUAUUUCAUCAACACAGAUAACAGUCAGAUUACCGACAACACAAUAGAAAAUGCAAACUGCAGCGUGGGAAACCAAACGUACUUUGACGGUGCAACAUUCAAGCCGGAUUGCCGAACGCAGUGUGUUUGUCAGAAUGGACAAACUGCUUGCACCUCGUUGUGCCCACAUGAGAAUUUGCCGCCGCCAACUGAUACAGCGGCAUGUAUUUCGCCGCGACUCGUCGAGCUGCCGGAUCAUUGUUGUCGCGUGUGGUUGUGCGAACAGCCAACUACAGAUGUGAAUGCAACUUGUUACAAUACCUCGACGACGGAGUGGUCUUCGUGCUCGGAACAAUGCGGCAUCGGCAUCUCGACGCGAAAUAUUUUAUCGACGCCCGGUUGUCAGAAACAAAGUGAUAUACGAUUGUGUCAGAACCACAGAUGUAUCGACAAUAAAAAGUUGUUUGCUGCCGAAAGUAGUGCCGUGGGCGAUGGACGACGCAGCAGUAGUAGUGCAGCGACGAGCAGCAAGCGCGAUUAUUAUUACAACAGUUAUUAUUUUAAUAAUGAAAACCUUUUGAUACCAAUGCAUAGAAUAAGGAAAGGUCACGAAUGUCGCAGCCUUCAGCGCCUUGGACCGUCACGCUUGCGUCUCGGUCCCUGUGUUUCCCGCAAACUUUUCCGACCGAAAAUUUGUGGUCGUUGUCAACACAUUGACAGAUGUUGUGUGCCUUCUGUGUCCACCACAGUACAAGUAGAAUUAUUGUGUCCCCUGAACUCGGGUGAUCCCUUCGACUUCAUCGAGACAGGCUACGAUUUGUGGGACAACAAUUCCAUUGAUCCAAUCGACCAAGAAAUGUUGCAAUCGCGACAGAUUCACAUUGAGAACAAAUUCAUCGCCGUUCAAUGGGUACUCAAGUGCGAAUGUAAUGUCACGGGUCAAAAUUGCACGGCAGAUCCCGCAGCCACACGUUUCCAAUGGGAAAAUCAGGAUAUCGAGAGCAACAUUUAUCCAGAUAUUGACGAGCAUACCGGAACAAUUCUCGCAAAGCCAGCUUCAAUGCCCGCCGCUUUGCCCGAGGACUCAGAUAUGGAAAGUGAAUUGCUGCGACGCGUUCAUCGGACAUAACAAACAAGGCACACAAGAUGAUCCAAAUCGAGUUAGAUGAAAAAAAAAUUAUCAAAAAAAGAAUUUAAAAUCUAAAGGCACGUAAAAACACUUCUUGUACAUUUGCAUCAUCAUAUCAUGAAAAAAAAGCUAGUCACACACCCUGCAAUGUAAAUCAAGGCGAAAAAAAAUUCAUUCAAUUAUUUUGUAGACACAUCAUCAGCGGUAGGCACUAAAUUUAGUAAAUUAUUUUUAGGGAGUGUAAGAAAAAAAUAUCAAACAAUAUUUAAAAAUAUUUUUUAGGAAGUAAGCUUGCUUAAUAAUUUAGUCGAACGUAAUUGUAAGGCAUAAAAAAUCACAAGGUGCAUCUUUUGGCGUCGACGAGUUAAUGAGAUUAGAGGAUUUUUAAUUUUUUUUUCACUAAGUUGAAUUAGCGAGUAGCGAUUUUCAAAUUUUUAACG